AACGGCACUGCACACCUACCCUCGAGCAGCAGCAAUCCUUGAAGCACACAGCAGCCAGCAGUCCAAUUAAGCAAGUAGCCAUGGCCAGAACAAUGUUGCUCCCGGUGCUCCUCUCCUUCCUCAUCCUGCCCUUCUCCGCCCUGGCCCUGACCCAGGACUUCUGCGUGGCGGACCUGUCCUGCAGCGACACCCCGGCAGGCUACCCGUGCAAGGCGGCCGGCAGCGUCAGCUCGGGCGACUUCUACUACCACGGCCUCGCCGCUGCCGGCAACACCACGAACCUCAUCAAGGCGGCCGUGACCCCGGCCUUCGUGGGCCAGUUCCCGGGCGUGAACGGGCUGGGCAUCUCCGGGGCCCGGCUCGACAUCGCCGUGGGCGGCGUCGUGCCGCUGCACACCCACCCGGCCGCCUCCGAGCUGCUCUUCGUCGUCGAGGGCACCAUUCUGGCUGGCUUCAUCACGUCCUCCUCCAACACCGUCUACACCAAGACGCUCUACAAGGGCGACGCCAUGGUGUUCCCCCAGGGCCUGCUCCACUACCAGUACAACGGGGGCGCCUCGACCGCCGUGGCAUUCGUCGCCUUCAGCGGGCCUAACCCGGGCCUGCAGAUCACCGACUACGCGCUCUUCGCCAACAACCUGCCGUCGGCCGUCGUGGAGAAGGUGACAUUCUUGGACGACGCGCAGGUGAAGAAGCUCAAGGCCGUGCUCGGCGGCAGCGGCUGAUCAAUUCAGCUGUUGUUGGGUCGAUCUAUCUCCGCGCUUGCAUGCAAUUCCGUGUCCCCCGGCCGCGUGUCAGAUUAAUUUGCUUGUGCGCGUGCGUGCGUCUUUCCUGUGUGGACGGCGCGCGUGCGUGCGUCUGUGUAGUCUCUUUUCUUCUUCUCAAGAUGUGUUUUGUUCGUGUUGAGUUUCAUUUGAAAUUGUUCAAUAAUUCCCUUAGGUGUCAUUGUAAUUGUUGUGACGAGGUAAAAAAAUCCGCUCGUUCGGUUUAACUU